AAACAGGAAGCAGCUGGUGGGAGGGGGGAAUGAAACAAUAAUGGAGAGGGGGUGUGUGGCGUCUCUGAGGCGCGUCGGCAGGCUCAAUCCUAUUUGUUGUUAAGCAAGUUCCGCUGAACUCUUUGGAGCCUACUCCCAGAUGAUCUGGUCCUCAGCGCAUCUUAGUUGGAGAAGGUGAGAGAGGCUAUGGAUGAAACAAUAUUUCGAAGUGAUACAGUACUCUCUGAUAUUCAUCUCCACACUGCAAACAGAAGGCAUUUUAUGGUGAGGUUGAACUCUGUUGGCCAGCCAGUCUUUCUCUCGCAGUUCAGGCUCCUUUUGGACAAUAUCCAGGGGGACCCUGAGACAGAAGAGAGAGGCCAAGAAUCAUCCCUUGGCUGCCAGCGCAGAAGUGAGGAAGAAUUCAUUGCAGAGGGCAGAGCUGGUGCUGACGAUUCCCCAGACAGUCCUGAAAACAAAGGUGACCCCCGUCGAGGGUUUGAGGCCUUGUUGGAUGAAGAUGGAGACCUGCAGGUGGUCCGGAAAGCUCCCCUCCCUCCUGCAGGAGGUGAGGGUCAGACAAGGACUAAGUCCUUCCCCAUUAUUUUGACUAAGGAUGGAGAUGUCUUGGAAGAAGAAGAACACGAGAGCAACAGUUUCAAUAUCGUUAAAAUAGAGCACACCAUGGCGACCCCUUUAGAAGAUGUUGGGAAGCAGGUCUGGCGAGGAGCUUUCCUGCUUGCCGAUUACAUCCUCGGGAAGCAAGAUUUGUUCAAGGGUUGCACAGUGCUGGAGCUUGGAGGAGGAAUCGGACUUGUCAGCAUCAUCGUGGCCAAAGCUGCCAAAACCAUUUACUGCACAGAUGUUGGUGAAGACCUGCUGAACAUGUGUGAACGAAAUGUAGCCUUAAACAAACACAUCACUGAGCCAACAGGAAGUGAAAUUAGAGUUAAAAAGCUGGAUUGGCAGCAAGACGAUUUCUGCACUGAUCCUGAGGAUUGCUUUAGCUGGUCCGAAAAAGAGAUUGCUGAACUGCAUGACCUCACCACUGUGAUACUGGCUGCUGAUGGUACGAAAAAGGUUUGGGAAUGGAUUGAGGCUAUAAAAACAUGCUAAUCAGCCUUAACGAGAUUGGAAUGUCAGAACCAGGUUGAUUCAGUGAUUUAAAGUGAUAGUUGCUUCAGGUAAGGAUGUGCAGUAAUCUUUCAGUUCAGUAGACUUGGCUGCCAGUCAAUUUGACAAAACUCAGGUUCACACUCUGCUUCAAAUUGGCUCAGAAAUUUAAAUUAUCGGAGGAACAGCUAUGAAAUCACAACCGCAUAUUUGUGCAGCUCUGAUAACACUCUGGUUUUUUUAAAAACAUUUGUUUAUUCAUGUCAAAAGCAUCCCAAUUAAGAUAAGGCAUACUGUACAACAUGAAGUUUAAAAUACAAAAUACAAAAUUAAAACAGGUGCAAGUUAAACAGAUCUUGCCCAGAACAUUUUUAAUGAAGUGUUUGGAAUCAUUAUUUAAAAGAAAACUUCUUUUUUCUCCCAAAAGUUUUAUUAAUUUAUCAUAAUAUAAAAGAAAAGAAAAGAAAAAAUGAAAUAAGGGAGGAAAAGGGAGAAGAGGGGUGUGGCAGCCUAGAGAUAGAGCUCUCAUCUUACAUUCAGGAGGCUGUGAAUUCAAUCCUAGGUAGAGACAGAUAUUUCUCUCUCUGGGCACGUUGAGAUUAUAUCUGCUGAAUAUAACUCCGCAUUGGCGACAGGAAGGGCAUCUGGCCAGUAAAUACUCAGCUCCAUUCAGUUGCACAGACUCUGCCUUGCAAGGAAUUAUGGGGUCGUUAAAAGAAGGUGAUUAUGAUGGUGACAUGGAUGAUUGAGAAUCUCCAAAGACAUCAAGACAAUGAACUUAUAUCCACUGCAUCUUCCUCCUCCUAUUAUUGCAUAAAAGUCUCUCAGUGAAAUUAAAAAUUAAAUGUG